AUGGUCCGCGGAGCUACCGAGCAGGCCAAGGUCCAUCUCAAGGGCAAGGAGGACGACUUCCUCAUCUUCGUUGAUGAUAUCGAGACCUACAAGAAGUGGCAAGAGGACAAGUCUGUUGCCUUGACACACUUUGUCUCUGCCUUCAAGGUUUUCGUGACGCACAAGCAUGGUGCUCAAGGCACAUAUGAUGAGGCAUCCGAUUCCGUUCUCGACAACGAGUUCGGCACCCACGCGGACGAGGAUGUGAUCAAGCAGAUCCUAGAGAAGGGAACUCUCCAGGAGUCAUCGAUGCCCGAACGUCAGGGACCAAAGAAUGACUCGAAAGGCCCGCUCGCCGCUCACUAG